AUGUCCAAUUUCAACGGGCAAGUAGUGCUAAUCACCGGAGCGGCCAGCGGCAUUGGACGCGCCACAGCACUGAGAAUGGCCAAAGUCGGCGCCAACCUGGCCUUGUCUGAUAUCAACCCAGCCAGCCUAGACGAGACUCGACAACAAUGCGAGUCCGUCAGCAAGAAAUCCACGCAGCAGCACAUGGCAAGUCGUGUGGACGUACAAUCGACUGAGAGCAUCAACGACUUCGUCCAGAGCGUUGUCUCGCGCUACGGCACCAUCCACCACGUCUUCAACUGUGCCGGCAUCAACCCGACCAAGCUGGAGAUCGAGCAGAUCACGGACGCGUACUGGCACAAGCUGAUGGACACCAACGUGAAGAGCAUCAUGACCAUGACGCGUGCCUGCGUCCCGCACAUGUCCCGCGGCGCUUCCUUCGUCAAUGUCUCGUCGAUGUGUGGCAUUUAUCCUACUGCCCUGUUUUCCGUCUACUGCGCCACCAAGUUUGCCGUGAUAGGCUUUUCCAAGUGUAUGGCCUUGGAGCUGGGAGCCCGAGGGAUCCGUGUCAAUGUCGUUGCUCCGGGAAGUAUUGACACGCCAACGAACGCCUCUGUUCUAGCCGGCGGGGACCGUCUGCAGCAGAUGGCGGAGGGCGUGGGCUUGAAAAGAGCCGGUACUGCUGAGGAAGUCGCGGAUGUGGUGGCUUUCUUGUUCAGCGACGAGAGCAGAUAUGUCAAUGGGAGUGUCGUACAGAUUGAUGGAGGUCUCGGACUUCCUGGGUGA